AUGACAGGAAACAGAAGUGAUAUGACCAAUGUCGAAGCGUCUGUCGCCGCUCAGCUGGAAGCCCUGACUGCCAAGAUGAACGAGACGGUGCAGAAGCUGACGCAAAUCGAGGCCGAUAACGCUAGGCUACGGGAGGAGAACGCUUUGCUGGCAAUAGCAGUGAGAGCUUUUACCGAAGCAAGCUCUAGAUUUUGUGGCGUGCACGUCAAUCGGAUGCAAGACCUUAACUCAACUCCUGCAGCUACCCGAACAACGACCGCGACUGAAGACGGACGACUAGAGACUCCACGGGAGGAGAAUAACGGACAAAAUCCUAAUAUAAGGCAAACUCGCGAGAACCUUGUCCGAGAAGACAACACGGAUCAACAACGAACCGUUAACAUACCGCACGUUACAGGAGUCGAACAUGAACCACACACCAUGUCAGCUGAAGCCGCCUACUUGGAAGCUAUGCUUACAAAGCGUUUGGGUGCAGUAGAAGCCAUGAUCGGACGACUGCCAGGAGUGGCUCCACCAAUUCGAAAAAGCAACUUGCACUCGUAUGCUGAUACACCUUUUUCUGAUGAAAUUGCACUCACGGAGAUGCCGAGAAAAUUCACGUUACCAACAAUGAAGAUGUAUGAUGGAACAGCCGACCCCGAUGACCAUAUAGCACAAUACAAGCAACGAAUGUUCACGACGGCCAUCCAAAAAGAGUGCAGGGAAGCUACUAUGUGCAAGGGUUUUGGCUCAAGCCUAACGGGCGCAGCACUUCAGUGGUUUAUCAACCUGCCAAACGGCUCGAUCAACUCGUUUGCAUCAUUGACAGAUCUCUUCAUUGAGCAAUUCGCAAGCAGCAGGAACCUGGAGAAGACAGCGGAUGACCUUUACGAGGUACGACAAAAGAGAGACGAGUCGUUGCGUGCCUAUGUGGGACGCUUCAACAAGGAAAAAGUAUCGAUACCCAGUUGCAACACGUCAACCGCCAUCUCCGCAUUUAAAAGAGGCUUGCUUCCAGACGGUGACUUGUACAAGGAGCUUACGAAGUAUCAGUGCAGAACGAUGGAAGACGUGCUUUCACGCGCAUGGGCGCAGAUAAAGUGGGAGGAAGACUCGGCUUAUCGCCAGCGACGUUCACCACGAUCUGAUUCACGUGUGGUGAGAAACGAGAGGUCGAGUAGAGACGAAAAACCUUACCAAAGACCUAAGGACGAGAACACAAAGAGUGGAAGAAAGAACACGCAUCGACCAUUGAGUGGAGCAGACGACGUCAAACCUAGAUCAUCAACAUGGCCAGAUAUCAGUAACCUUUCAAUCUCGCACGCACAUUUAGUCGGUGUACUGAAGGAGAUGGGUGAAAACGUGAGAUGGCCUCCAAAGAUGAAGGCACCUGACAACAAGCGUAACACCUCAAGGUGGUGUGAGUUCCAUAAUGAUCACGGCCACAUGACAGAAGAUUGCAGCUCAUUGAGGAUGGAAGUGAAUGAGCUGUUGAAAAAAGGAUAUUUGAGAGAAUACUUAUCUGACAAAACCCGCAACCGCCUGGAAGGCGAAAACAAUAAGCAAAAAGCAAUUACCGAUGGUCCGGCUUCACCCCCAAAACAUGAUCGAGUCAUUAACGUUAUCUCUGGAGGAUCAGAGAUAAGUGGAAUAACUCACUCAGCUGCAAAAAGAAAUACCAGAGCUGUCAGGAACUCUCAAAAUAAAGGACACGCUACACAAGGCGACACACCGUCAUACACCAUAACUUUUACGACUGAUAAAAGCAGCGUACCAACUCUGCAUCACGAUGCGUUAGUCGUACAAAUGACAGUGGCUAACUCUUUGAUGAAGAGAAUAUUAAUCGACAAUGGAAGCUCAACAAACAUCCUUUAUAUGCAAGCAUACAAAGAGUUGGGUCUUGAUGAAGGAGGAUUGACACGAAAAUCUAUCCCUUUAGUAGGGUUCAGCGGUGAGGUCAAACAGAGUAUUGGUGAAGUGACACUUCCGGUAUAUGCUGAGGGAGUUAACAAACACACAAAAUUUUUGGUAGUGGAUUGUGCUUCGGCGUACAAUGCUAUCAUGGGACGCCCUUGGAUUCGCGACAUGGGUGCUGUUCCAUCAACCCUACACCAAACUAUCAAGUUUCCCACCCCAUGGGGAGUGAAAGAGAUAUUAGGUGAACAAGAAAGCUCACAUUCAUGCUACCAAACUACCUUGAAGGGAAAGGGUCAACAAUUAUAG